ACCCGCGUAUGCACACAGAUACCCUCGUGCACCGGCGCAGGGCGGUGACACCCGCGCGUCCCCGCGCGCGGCACCGAGAGGAGAGGGGCGGGGAGGGCGCUGCCGAGAGAGGCGGGAGCAGCCUGCGCGGGCGCCCGAGUUGAGUACGGGAACCCAGGCUGCAGCUCCGGGCUCCGAGCGUGGCGGGGACGCGCACCAUGGACGCGAAGGUGGGCGGUGGAGAGGAGGAGGACUGCGUGGACUCGGGCGCGGAGACCGGAGGGUCUGACUACAGCCAUCGGUCUUCCACCAGCAGUGAGCUUUCCUUGGAGGAGGCGCAGGACCCGUUCCUGGUGAGCAUCCACAUCAUCGCAGACCCAGGGGAGUCCCAGCCGAUGCAAGAGGCUAUUGACAAGGUCUUGGCGUGGGUCCACCCAGACCUCCCGCUGUUCCGCGUGUCCGAGCGGCGCUCGGGCCGCAGAAGGAGGAAGCCCCCCAAGGGCGCACAGCCGGCGCUGGCCGUGGUGCUGUUCCUGCAGGAGGAAUACGGUGAGGAGCAGAUCCUGCAGCUGCAUCGCAUGCUGCAGCGGCCGCCCUGGCGCCACCACCACACGGAGCGCGUGCACGGCCGCUUCCUCCCCUACCUGCCCUGCAGCCAGGACUUCUUCACGCUAGCGCCCGGGACUCCACUGUGGGCCAUCCGACCAGUGCACUAUGGCAAAGAGAUCGUGCGCUUCACCAUCUACUGUCGCUACGACAACUACACCGACAGCCUCCGCUUCUACGAGCUGAUACUGCGCAGGAGCCCCAGCCAGCGGAAAGCGGACUUCUGCAUCUUCCCGAUUUUCUCGAACCUGGACGUGGACAUCCAGUUCUCCCUGAAAAGGCUGCCCCGCGACCAGAGCCCGGUACCCACUGACUCCUCCGUGCUGGAGUUCCGGGUGAAAGACAUCGGGGAGCUUGUGCCACUCCUACCCAACCCCUGCAGCCCCAUCAGUGAGGGGCGCUGGCAGACGGAGGAUCACGAUGGCAACAAGAUCCUUCUGCAGGCACAGAGGGUACACAAGAAGUUCCCAAAACCCAGCAGAGCACACCACUCCUCCGAGAAGAAACCUCAGUCUACCCUUUCAACAAGCAUCACUGCACCAAGCAAUGCACAGGGCAGCAGCCAGCCAUCCCAACAUGACAGCCCAUUCCUCGGGCCCAGUCGGACAGCCCAGCUUCCUGGGCACAAGCAGGAAUGUGCCCAGCAAGUGAGCAGCACCCCCAGCCCUCUUUGUUCCUUCCAGAGAAGCAAGUCCUUGUUUUGUUUGCCCAGUGAAGCUCCCUCCCCAGCCUCCACAGUUGAACCACAGUGGUUUCAGAACACAGGGUCCUGGGGACAGAGGGCAUUGAAGUGGAGAACCAGUCACCUCCUGUCCAUUGAUGACUUAGAGGGGGCCCAGGAGACAGAUGUGGACACGGGCCUGCGACUAUCCUCCUCCGACCUGUCUGUGGUCUCUGCAUAUUCAGCACCCAGUAGGUUCUGCAGCGCAGUGGAGACAUCGCUCGCCUCUGAGAGCUGCAGCAGCAGCCACUGGCCAGCACACAAGGGUCCCAGGGAAGGACCACUGCCUGUGGCCAGCAAGGCAAUCCCAGACACCUCCUGGCUUUCCCAUCCUUUCCUCACCAAAGGUUCUCCCAGCUCCUCAGAGACAGCUGUCACUGCUCCCUCAGCUUCCAGUGCCUCAUUACUCACAGAGUCAUCCCCACAGCUCCCCUGUGAUGCUUCCAAAGCCACACAAGCUAGCCAAGCCCUGUCACUACCCCCAGCGAUAGGUGGUCCUGAGGAUGAUGACAUGGAGGAGUUCUUCAUCUAAGCGUGUCUUAGUUCCCAGACACAAACUCAGAUACUGAGACUCAGGUUCUCCGUUCACAGGAUGACCUUAGCCCUGCUCCUUAGCUUUGUCUGGAACUUAGUUAUCUGUCUUCUGAGGAGGAUUGUUAACAAAUUGGCCAUGCCUCCUGUCCUUAGCUGACAGGUGGCCUAUUUCUAAAAGCUUGGAGAAAAAAAUACUGACAUUUUUAUGCAAAUAAAUUCUCAACAUAAAAUUCUUGUACAAAAUCUAUUUUUUGAAUGCUCAACUCAAUUAUACAAUUUAAAUGCUUCACAUAAUUAUUUGAAAUGAAAAGAAAAACCACUCAGCCAGAGCUAACGUGACAAUUUUUCAUGCUGUGAAAGUAAAAAUAAUUAAAGCCAAAAUGUUGAAUGUGAAAAGGAUACUAAGUGACUUCUAUGAGAGCUCAGUGCAUGACACCAGAAUGCACACUGUCCUGGAUUGCCCACAGAGCGACAAGACUAGGGAUCUGGAAUCUUCAAGUCCUGCUUCUAGCAGAUGAGUCCGCUUCCUGGGAGAGCUUCAACCUGCAUCAGACAGCAGAAUGUCUCACUUUAAAGCAUUUCAGCACUUGAAAAGCUGGGUUUACACACAAGUGGCUCAUUUGCCUUGUAAGGAUUUAACAUGCAUAACAGAUGCCUGCCACAUUUACAACAUGAUUUGAGGUCUGAAACCUGGGUUUGCACACCCCUUUUCCACAGCACAUUCCUAGUAGCAAGCUGGGCCUGCAGAUCAUCCCUUCUGGGUUGGUUUCCAUAGGGAAAUUGCCUGAAAUUACAGAGUAACAGGCUGUAAGGUGUGAUAGGUAGACAAAUGUACCAUUCUUUGACUUUUAAAAAGCACAACUUAAAGGCUGCAUAUA